CCCCGCCGCCAUCUUGCGCCGCCGCCGCCGCCGCCGCCGCUCCCGCCGCUCCCGCCCGGCCCGGCCCGGCCCGGCCCCCCCCGGAGCCGCCCGCGGGGUCGGGCCCGGCCCCGCCAUGGCCGAGGAUUUCUGGGAGGCCCCGCGGCGCUGAGCCGGGCUCGGCCAUGGACCGGAUGAAGAAGAUCAAGCGGCAGCUGUCGAUGACGCUGCGGGGGGGCCGCGCCCCCGACAAGGGCCUGGGGGACCCCCGCGACGGCCCCGGCAGCGACAGCGAGCCGGGGGGGGACGAGGCUCGGAUGGGCUCGGACGGGGAGAGCGACCCCCCCUCGGGGACAUCCUCGGAGGAGGUGACGUCACCCGUGAGGCUCCGGCAGCACCCCCGGACCAGCGCCUGCGAGGAUGUCACCAAGCGCCUGUCCCUCCCGGCUGACACGCGCCUGCCCGAGGCGGGGCUGGGGCUGCCGGGGCCCCUGAGCCGCCGCCUGCGCCGCGUCUCCCUGUCCGAGAUCGGCUUCGGGAAGUUGGAGACCUACGUCAAACUGGACAAACUGGGAGAGGGCACGUACGCCACGGUGUACAAGGGCCGCAGCAAACUGACCGAGAACCUGGUGGCACUGAAGGAAAUCCGGCUGGAGCACGAGGAGGGGGCGCCCUGCACGGCCAUCCGCGAGGUGUCCCUGCUGCGGGACCUGAAGCACGCCAACGUGGUGACGCUGCACGACAUCGUGCACACCCCGCAGUGCCUGACACUCGUUUUCGAGUACCUGGAUCGGGACCUCAAGCAGUACCUGGAUGAUUGUGGGAACGUCAUCAGCAUGCACAAUGUCAGGCUCUUCCUGUUCCAGCUGCUGCGGGGUCUCGCCUUCUGCCACCGCCACAAGGUUCUGCACCGCGACCUCAAACCCCAGAACCUCCUGCUCAGCCGCCGUGGGGACCUCAAACUGGCAGAUUUCGGCCUGGCCCGGGCCAAGUCCAUCCCCACCAAGACGUUCUCCAGCGAGGUGGUGACGCUCUGGUACCGCCCCCCCGACAUCCUGCUGGGAUCCACCGAGUACUCGACACAGAUCGACAUGUGGGGCGUCGGCUGCAUCUUCUCGGAGAUGGUGACGGGGCGGCCGCUGUUCCCCGGGGCCACCGUGGAGGAGCAGCUGCACUUCAUCUUCCGCCUGCUGGGGACCCCCACGGAGGAGACGUGGCCGGGGAUUGGCGCCAACGCCGAAUUUCGGGCGCACAAAUAUCCCCUGUACCCACCUGAGGGGCUGAGGCAGCACGCGCCAAGGUUGGACCAGGACGGCGCUGACCUCCUGGGGCAGCUGCUGCAGUUCGAGGGGCGGCGGCGGCUGCCGGCGGCGGAGGCCAUGGGACACCGGUUCUUCGGCUGCCUCGGGGCGCGCGUCAGCGCCCUGCCCGACACCACGUCCAUCUUCGCGCUGAAGGAGAUCCAGCUGCAGAAGGAGCCGGGGCUGCGCACGGCCCCCCUGCCCCCCACGGGUUCUUCCGCCUUCCGGGUGCUCGACACCGAAUUCUGAUGUUGAGCAGCCCUCGGAUCGCUGCUGCGCCCCCCCCAGGACCCCCCAAAUUUGGGGUUGGGGUGACCCCAAAAUGGGGAUCGGCCUCCAAAACUUUGGGGGGAGGGAGGGGAGGGGAGGGGAGAGACCCCAAAACUCCACGAUUUGGGGGGGUGGGGGGAGGGGUCCUGGGAGCGGUGACCCCUCCCCCAAACCCCGCCCCCUUCCGAGGAGCUGCUGCUGGAUUUUGGGGGAGGUGUCCCCACCUGGGACCCCCCACCUUGUGGGGGGAGGGGGAGGGGAGGAAUUUGGGGGUCCCCCCCCCAUUUUUUGGGGGGGUUCUUUCCCCUCCCCCCCCCCCAAUUUGAGUUUUAUUUUUUCAAGGCAAUAUUCUAAAGCAGAGUCUAUAUCGG